UGCACGCGGCAUCAUCAAGUCAGUGCAAAAGUCAAGCUUCUUCUUUUGAGUUUCAAGGGGAAAUGAUCACUGAAAAAAACAAAUAAAUAUCCAUCAAACUCACCCUUCAAUUUUCUCUUACACUAACUUUUUCUUAAACUAUGGACCUUCAUCGACCUUCACAUCUUCUUCUCCAUGCCUUCUGAGACACCACCUCAUGGCCAUGGAUGAGUAUGAAUGUGAUGAGAAGGUCCACGUGGCAGUUGGGAAGUCCCUUAAGAAAGGCACCACUUUGAUUCAAUGGUGUUUCACCCAUUUCAGCAAAGCACAGAUAUGCUUACUUCAUGUUUACCAACCUUCUCCUAUGAUCCCUACACUGUUAGGAAAAUUGCCAGCAUCCCAAGCUAGUCCUGAAGUUGUGUCUGCUUAUAGAAUAGAGGAAAGAGAAGAGACCAAGAGGCUUCUAGAGAAGUAUUUGAGCCUUUGCCGUGCAGCUAAGGUUAAGGUAAGUAGUGUCAUUGGUGAAGCUGAUCAAGUUCAGACAGGGAUUGUGGAUUUGGUUACUGUGCAUAAUAUCAGGAAGCUUGUUAUUGGAGCAAUAACCCCAGAAAAUUGCAUGAAAAUCAAAAGGAAUUCCAGUAAAGCAAACUUUGCUGCGAAAAAUGCUCCUCCANUCUGUGAAAUAUGGUUUGUCUAUAAAGGUAAACACAUUUGGACAAGAGAAGCUUCUGAAACUCAUUGUUUUGUAUCUUCCCAUCCUCAACCUGAGACUACAACGNCAGAGAGUUUGAGUUGUAGAUCUCUUCAAUAUGGUACAACUGAAUUGCUCCAUUCAGAAUGUCUUCAAUCAAACUCUGUAAGGGCUACAAGAAGUACAGUUCCGAAUAUAAUCAUUGAAGCAGAAGCCACUUUUUCAUCCAAAUCAUCCAGUUGUAGUAGUCAUUGUUCUCCCCAACAUUCAGAGUUUGAUGAAGAAACAAUAGAUAGUCAACUUAUUGAAGCCAAAGCAGAAGCUAAUGCUGCAAAAGAUGUGGAGCUGUUGGAGUGCAGAAGGCUGGAAUUCAUAGCCAUUGAGGCCAUUAGUAAGGUGAACUUAUUUGAAUCUGCCCAUGCACAUGAAGUAAAGCUCAGAAAAGAGGUUGAGGAUGCAGUGAGAGCUACAAUAAAGGAGCAACGGAUGUUGUUGGAGGAGAAAGAAAAAAUUGCUAGUGAACUGGAAAGGACCACGGGAAGUAUUUCCUUUCUAGGAAAUUGUGCACAUGAAAUCAACAGUAAGCGUGAUGAAGCUGCAAAUGAACUAUCACUGAUUCAAGCAUCGUUCUCAAGCCUGCAGCAUGAGAAGCAGGAAAUCAGGCGACAGAAAAUGGAGGCUCUACAUUGGCUUGAACGGUGGAAAAGUUGUGGACAUGUUGGAGCAGAUCAUUGCGAUGGGAUCAUUGGGUUUUCUGAAGAAUUUCCAGAGCUGGCAGAAUUUUCAUUAUCAGAUCUUCAAAACGCUACGUGCAAUUUUUCUGAGAGCUUCAAAGCCAUGGAGGGUGGAUAUGGUUCUAUUUAUAAGGGAGAAAUGUUGGGUAGAACAGUUGCUAUAAGGAAGCUCCAUUCACACAACAUGCAAGGAUCGAUAGAGUUUCAGCAAGAGGUUCGAAUUCUUGGUAGUCUCCAACACCCUAAUCUAGUUACUUUGCUUGGUGUAUGCCCUGAAGCCUGGUCAUUUGUGUAUGAGUUCUAUCCCAAUGGAACUCUUCAAGAUUACCUAUUCCGAAAGGGAAGUCUUCUCCCUAUGACAUGGAGUAUCCGAGCACGAUGUAUUUUUGAAAUUGCUAGAGCUCUCUGCUUCCUACAUUCUUCCAGACCUGAAACUAUUGUCCAUGGUGGUCUGACACUUGAAACUGUCCUUCUUGACACUGCACUUGGUUGCAAGAUAUGUGAAUUUGGGUUCAGCAGGCUAGUGAAAGAGGAGUCACUAUCUCUUCCUAGUUUUCACUUGAUCACCGAGCCAAAGGGUUCUUUUUCAUAUACAGAUCCCGAGCUUCAGAGAACUGGAGUACUAACACCUAAGUCUGACGUAUACUCCUUUGGACUCAUCAUUCUGCAACUUCUCACUGGUAGGACUCCGGUUGGAUUAGCUGGUGAAGUACGCAGAGCAGUUUCAUGCGGAAAAUUGUCUUCAAUUUUGGAUUCUUCAGCUGGAGAAUGGAAUUCCACCAUGGUAACACAAUUGGCUGAACUUGGAUUGCAAUGCUGCCAACUGAACAGCAGAGACCGACCAGAGUUAACACCUUCUCUAGUGAGGGAGUUGAAGCAGUUGUAUGUUUCAGAAGAGCGACCAGUGCCAUCUUUUUUCUUGUGUCCAAUCUUUCAGGAAAUAAUGCAUGAUCCUCAAGUUGCAGCAGACGGAUUUACCUAUGAAAGGAAGGCCAUAAGUGAAUGGCUGGAUAAUGGGCACGAAACUUCACCUAUGACUAAUUUAAAGUUGAGUUACCUCCAUCUCACUCCCAAUCAUGCGCUUCGACUUGCUAUUCAAGGCUGGCUUUGCAAAUCUUGAAGUUCCAUCAUUAAUUCAUUUAUCAAUGUUGUAAAUAUCUACAUAUCUAUUUUUUGCAUCAUUGCAUUGCCUUUCUUUAUUGCAUUCUAAUUCAAAUCAAUCAUCCUUAAGGGUUCAAUGAUAUAAGGCAGGUUCCAAUGA